AUGAGCGAAACCAUCAUCGAGGACCUUUCCGCGCAGUUCAAGAAGGGCCUCCAACUGGAGACCAUGGAUGAACAUGGUUCCGCUCUGGGCAAGACCUCUUACAGCACGAUAGCGAUUGUACAGCCUUUCGAUAAGCCUACUGAAGACGAUUACGCGCCUAAUAUCGCCAGUCUUACGCUUUUCGAAGACACCUCCCUUCGGCGAGUCGAUUCCCACGAGGGAGGUACAGACAAUAUCCUUUCCUUGAAGUCGCAACUUGCCCGCUCAGAAGAGCAACUGCAACAGAUCACAUCCGAAUUUCAGCAAGCGAAAGACCGAAACGACAGAUUGCAGGUUCAAAUCGAAACUUACAAGGCUACAACUAGGGGGGCAGAAGACGCGCUACGAACUGGGCUCAAGAAGUUCAAAGAAGAGUUGUUACGGAUCAAGCAUCGAGACAGCCCCCACGAGAUGAAGUUGGACGGAAGAGGUUCUAGGAACCCUGACACAAUACGCUUCGAGAAGUCGUUUUAUGACGAUUGGUCGACGGAAGUUGUUCUUUCCCGAACCUUUACUUUUCCGGAAAAGCAGUGGCGGGACGAUGAUGGGAUAGAGUGGAGCUAUCACGAUGACGCGGCUGUUGGUUGCUUGAGAUUUGAUGGACGCUUAUACAUCGCCAAAGCUGGAAUGACGCGAGGCGACGUUGGAGAUUUCAUCUGGAGUGAACACUGGAGGAGCAAGGCUAUGUUUCUUGCCGAGCACGUUGGUUCUAAUAUGACGAAGGAUUUUGCGAUUCAUGCGGAGCCACAGUUGAUAGCAUUCUACAUCACCCGCACUCUGCAGAAAUCAGGUUAUACGCUAAGCAAAUUUGGCGGCAAAGAAACGUUUCCAGCUAAUGAGAGCCAGGCAAAACUUGCAUCGAUCGUCAUAUAUGUCAGUCAGCGAAUUUGUACCACCUGUACAGAUUUUACGUCCAAAGUGAAUGAAUACGCGACGGGAUAUGGGUAUCAUUUUGAGCUUGAAGCGGUGGGGAAGUAUGCUACAGCGGAUGAGGAAGAUGAUGAAUGGGAAGACCAAGAGGAUUGCUAG